CUUUCCAAUUUGUUCUCUCUCCUCUCUCCUAUCCCAUCUCUUUCUUUCCAUUCUCUCUCUCUCUCCUCUCUCCUCUCUCCAAACAGACCUGUUUUUUACCCACACAAGGUUUAUUCAUGGAUGAUGAUGGAUUCCGAAAUUGGGGGUAUUAUGAUGUGAGUCCUAUUAGUCCAUAUAAAGAUAAUUUGGGAUUGCAAUUGAUGUCUCCUAUAGGUGACCAUAGAGAUACAAAACCAUUUCGAGAAAGCCCGUUAAUGAUAAACCAGAAUGGUGGUGGUGGUGGUAUGACAGCAGGGUACCACCACCACCACCAUCACCACCAGCCACCUGUACCGGUACCUUAUAUGCGAGAUAGUUGGAUACAAAGAGAAAGACAACUUCAUAUGCAAUCUGCAAACCCUGGUUAUGAAAUGCAUCAUGAUACUUCGGCUUCUAAUUCAAUGCACAUAAUGCAGUCGAUUGAUUCCUUGAAGGAUCAUGGUAUGAGCGUCGAGGAUAAUGUAGGUAGUGAUGGUGAUGUUGGUGGUGAUGUUGGUGGUAGUGGUUCACGUAAGAAAAGAUCAAUGGGGACAACAACCCCAAAAGCCCCACGAACUAAAAAGCCAAAGAAAGUGAAAGAAAAUGGAAAUCCGACUGUACAACGAUCAAAAGUCAUGAAACGGAGUAUGGAGUUGGUAAUAAACGGUAUAGAUAUGGACAUAUCAGGAAUUCCAAUACCGGUUUGUUCGUGUACAGGGACACCUCAGCAAUGUUACCGGUGGGGUAUGGGUGGGUGGCAAUCAGCUUGUUGUACCACCACGAUUUCAAUGUACCCGUUGCCAAUGAGUACUAAACGUCGUGGAGCACGGAUUGCUGGGAGGAAAAUGAGUCAAGGUGCGUUCAAGAAAGUCCUAGAAAAGUUAGCUUCCGAAGGUUACAAUUUUGCUAAUGCAAUUGAUUUGAGGGCACAUUGGGCUAAGCAUGGGACUAACAAGUUUGUAACGAUCAGAUAGAUGGCUGGACCUCUGGCUGCACCGUGGUGUCUGGUUCAGAUUAUGUUGUAUGUAUAUGCAUCGGUGGUCAGUUGCAGAGGUAUACUUGUUCAUGAAUUUUCAGGUUUUCAUUGAGUUUAGACAUUUGGGGUACCAUUUUUAAUUUCCAUUUAUGCAAAAAAUAUCGAUGUUUCUUGGUAACUCUAACAGUAGAUUUAUGGAUUUAGUUUUCAAUA